AUGUACUCCAAAUUCAUCCUCCCAUCUUUGAUGCUCGUAGCACAGGCUCUUGCCCAUCAGAAUCUACAUCAAUUCUGGGUUAAUGGCGUCACACCGGGUUACCAAGUUGGUAUCCGUAUGCCUCCUUCGAACAGCCCAGUCACCGACGUAACAAGCGCUGAUAUCGCCUGCAACGUCAACGGCUCCAAUGGUGCGAACGUCGCCGUCAUCAACGCCAGCGCCGGAGACACAAUCGAAGUUCAAUGGGACACAUCCGGCCACCCCGGUCCAAUCGUCCACUCCCUCCAAGGACCCCUCUCCUCCGCCAAAUCCGCGUCUGGAGUAGGCGACUGGUUCAAAAUCCAAGAACAGAACUACGUCAACGGCAAAUGGGCCAACGAAGUCAUGUUAGCCAACGCCGGAAAAUUCUCCUUCAAACUCCCUUCCAACCUCGCCAGCGGAGAAUACCUCCUCCGUUCCGAAAUGUUGGCCCUUCACGCUUCUCAAACCCUAGACGGCGCUCAAUUCUACAUCGGAUGCAUGCAAUUGAAGAUCACGGGUCCCGGUGGAAAUUGCUCUCCAACUUACAAGUUGCCGGGUGCUUAUAAGGCUACUGAUAACAACAUCUACGUUUCUGACUUCUAUUACGGAUUCGUACCGGAGACUUAUAGCGCUCCUGGCCCUGCUGUUGCCACUUGCGUCGGUGGUGGUGGUCAACAGACUACUCUUGCCACUACCACCAGGGCUGCUACCACCGCUGCCACUACCACCAGAGCCUCAAGCACUACUACCACUGUCAGGACUACCACCCCAGCCGCUACCACCCCAGCUACCACCGCCAGAACAUCCACUACCACCACAAGAGCCGCAACCACCAGCGCUUCCUCUGGUACUGGAGCACCACUUUACGGACAGUGCGGAGGCCAAGGCUGGACAGGACCAACCACUUGCGCAUCAGGAACUUGCAAACCCUCCAACGAAUGGUACUCCCAGUGCCUAUAA